GUUCAUAAAAUCCCAUCAAACGCAUGAGUCCGGCAACACUAGCUGCUGGAGAAGUGAAAAUUUUUCUGCUCCAUCUGAUUGAUUUCUUGUUUGUGAAAAAUAGCUAAACUAAUUAAAAAAAAUCGCUACUUGACGACUAAACCUAUAGAAAUCUGAACGACUUACAGUGAUGUACUUUAACUACUUGAUCCCGAUAUUUUUUUAUAAUAAUUUCUGAUAUGUCACUGUUGUUGUGGCGUAGUCUUCAGUGAAAGUUUUUUGUUGCCUCUUUUAACCACUCCAAGGCCAAAAAAGGAUCGUCACAAAAUGUAUUCCGAAUGGGUUUCGCUGUCUUCGCAAAUUUCCGCUGACAGCUGUGCUGCACAGUCUUGCAGUGUGCUAAACAAAUUUCCAGCCUCCGCUGGUCGUGAGGUAACUGUGUCUGUGGUACGCCAGUUAGCAAGCAACUUGGGUAUAACACAAAAUGCAGAACCAAGCCACUUAGUGCGUGACGAAGAGGUCAACUGGUGCAUGGAUGUAAUUUGCUUUGGAUUGUCACUGCCACUACAAGAACACGAAACUAUAAAGGACUGCGUAAAUGUCUACUGCGAAUGGUUAACAGCAUUGCAUCCACAACCACGCAUCAGUGUACCAAAACCGAUUUGUGAAGAUGCGAACAUGUAUUGUCGGAAGAUCGUCAGUCACUUUCACAAUCUUUUUGUGCCGCGGCAAGGGGAAAUCUUGCCAUUUAUUUAUCAAAGCUCGCUUGGCGCCGACACUAUUAACCGUCAAGCUGUGCUCUGCCACCGCGUUCUGCGAACACUCCAACAAACAGCACAAAUAUCCCAAACAAUGGACCGCAGAACUUGGGAGGCAUUACUCCUUUUCUUACUAGCCAUUAAUGAAGUUUUGCUAGCGCCACCAACCGUCAAGGAUGAUGUUGGUGAUCAACUAUGCGAACGAGUGCUAUCCGUGCUCUUUGAAGUAUGGCUGCUGGCCUGUGUGCGCUGCUUUCCGUCGCCCUCUCUGUGGAAAACUCUGCAUGAGUCGUGUGCUAUGUGGCGGCAUCGCAUAGCAUUGAUUGAUCAGUGGAAUCGUGUUAACUUAGCUCUAACGGCACGCUUGCUGGAGUUUACAUAUGGACCAGCUUUUCCAGAGUUGAAGAUUUCUGAAGAAGAUGCUCAGUUAAUUCCUGCAGAUAUGAGUAACGACUGUGUUGCACAGACUUGGUAUCGUUUUUUGCGGACUAUUGGCAAUCCUACCGCGCUAUGUUCGCCGCACAUCAUCAGUAAAUCGUCGCAUUUCAUGCAGUGGGCCCUUACACAUGACAAAGGUGCCGAGACUUAUCAGCAUCCGUGCUUGCAGGCACUGCCCCAAAUAUUUCUGAAAGCAAUUAAAGGCAUUUCCAGUCAAGUCGACGCGUUUUUGGGCAUUUAUCGGCCACCUCCGCAUCAGGCGGAAGAUGCAAUUACCAAUUUACUUGAUAUUCGACUGUCACUUAACGAGGCGACUGCCUCAUCGAUCACAACGGGCAUACAUAAUUUCUUUCACCAUGGCAGCAAUAGCGCACUAAAUACAGGCGUUGGCACAAGCGCCGCUACAAAUGCAACCAAUAAUGCGCACCAACAGCAGCACCAUCACCAUCAUCAUUAUCACCCACACUUGCAUUUGCAUGGUGCUGGCCAAUUCCUGCGUGAUAUUAUCAGCGGCUCGGCCAGUUCAGCACUAAAUGCCAUUAUGGGCCAUCACGGCAGUGCAUCUACGCCAGCGAGUGCUGGCGUGCUUACAACCGGGAGCGGCAAUGUAUCGGGUAACACUAGUGGUAGUGGCAGUCAGUCUGCUGGUGUUGUCGGUUCAAUUACGUUCGGUACACCUUUGGGGGCAAUGACAACUGCCGCAUCUGCAUCAGCGUCGGCUGUAGAUGGGAAUCAACAAAUGACGCAACAACAACAACAACAACAACAACAGCUGCCAUAUUCACCCACACCACCGUUGCAGCGACGUUUGGCAAAGAGUUUCAGCGUAGCACCAGCACUCGGCACUAACAGUAGCAGCAGCACACCACCACAAAAGGGCUUGAGCAAAUCCGCGCUUAUCGGCAUAACUGGUGCACGUUUGUCCACAACGCAAGCCCCACUUACACCCACCUCUGGCCCACCAUCCUCUAACAGCUUAACAUCCCUUCCUUCGCUUGGUUUCGAACAACGCCCGCCUUUGGCUGCAGCUCGUCCCAAGUGUAAUAGUAUUUUGCAUUUAUUCGGUGAAUGGCUCUUUGAAGCAGCUCAUAUUGGUGGUGAAGCUUGGCUUUUGAAUACAAAAAAACAAGCCACCGAAGCUAGUAAGCGUCCCUCGUCGAUGAUCAUGGAGAAUCGUAAGGGCAGCAUUUCGCUCUCUCAACCUAAUUCGUUGAACGAUCCAAGUAGUCUGCCGCCUUCGCUAACCAUCGACAAGUAUGAGUCGGGCCGUGCUGAAGCCAUAGGAACACUGUGUAAAAUUUUUUGCGCUAAGAAGACGGGCGAAGAAAUUCUGCCUGUGUAUUUGGCACGUUUCUACAUGGCUCUGCAGCAAUGUCUCAAGAUCACCGAAGCCAAGGAAUGCGAUGAAACACUGGCCAGUAUUUUGCUGAAUUCAUCCGACCUAUUUCGUCUCGAUCUGAAUGGCGUGCAGGUAUUAUUGCCCGGUUUCAUAAGCGCGCUGGAAAUUGUGCUGCCAGAUAAGGAUUUGAAGAUAAAAACGCAAGCAAUGCUAUUCAAUAAAACAGAAUUGCGCCGUGCGUCGAUAAAUAUUUUGCUGUCUAUACUCACCUUACCACUGCAUUUUCAAACGCUGCCCAUACGCGACCUCACUAAUGAGUCUACAGAGCGUGUUAUCACUUUUAUACAACUUAAACCACGUCUAAUUAAUAUACUAAUGAAUGCUCUACAAGUGGAAACGGAUGCGCAGAAUACACACAUGCUGCUAGGGGGCCUACUAUUGACUGUGCAGGACGCGGUUACCUUUGAGGAAACCGAAUUGGUGGGAAAUGAACAUUUGCAUGCCGCAUCACCGACUCCGGGCGAUACGAAUUUGCUGAGUUCGGCUUGCUCAGAACGUUCCGCAUCAAUAGCCAGUGGCGGUAAUUCUAGCUUAGGUGGUCAUAGCACUGCAACCAUUGGCGCUUCGGGCGUUGCUGCUGGCGGUGCAAGCGGCACAUUUGCGGCCACUGGCAGUGCUGCUGCUGCAGCUGGAGGUGGGAACGUCGGACGUGAUAACGCAUCACAACAUGAUUUCCCCAGCCUUACCAUAUCCGAUGAUUUCCCCAUGGAAUUGCUACAUGAAUUUGAGAGUGCUUCAGUUUAUGAUAAUGCACAUGCCUUAUUCGUGCGCGCCACUUAUUUGGUUUGUCAUCGCUUGAUUUCAUCAUGGAAAACCGAUUUGAAUGUUUCGUUGGCCGCUUUGGAAUUGCUCUCUGGCUUGGCACGUCUGCACAUACGCGAUUCAGCCAGGAAAUUUACCACCGAAACUUUAGUUAAAAUUGAAGAACCAAGUCAAAAUUUAACUAUAAUAUCCACAGACGCGUUAGAAUGUAAGCGAGCCGUGAAAUGGAUCUGCGACUAUAUUUGUUAUCAGUGCUCGCGUCCACCACCAGCUCAUAGCAAGGAUUUGCACAGCACAAUUGUGGCGGCCUUCCAAUGUACCUCGGCUUGGCUGAUGCAGCACCCGUAUUUAUUGCAGGACAAGGAUUGUCUACAGACUGUUUUGGAGGUAGUCGAGCUGGGCAUUUCGGGCACGAAAAGCGUCGGCAAAAGUGGUGAUAUACCGAAAUUUAAAGACGAAAAAGAACUAAAGCCUGCAUCAAUGCGUGUACGUGAUGCUGCCGAAAGUCUACUCACAAUCAUACUCGAACAAGUUGGCUCAUUUCCCGGCGAAUGCGGUCCAGAAUCGAUAUCCUCGCUAUUGGAUGAGGUUGCCUUGAUGAAGCAUUGCAAUUCAAUGCCUGAUUGCAGUGCGGGUAGCGGUGGUGGUUCGUCCAUAACAACCGAACAGGCUAUAGCGAAGUUUAAAUAUUUUGUCACGGAAAAUUCGACUAUAUUGGCGCUUUUAGAAGAGCCACUUGGCAACGCUGAGGAUCCACAGCCAACUGUGACGUUAUUGAUACGCGGUCCCUUCGGGCGUCAUGCUUGGACCAUGCAAUUGCGCCAUUUGCCGCGCAGCAAAUCGGGCACCAAAUACCAUGCUGUCAAUCCCGGUCGACCAAUACCGAUGAACGAUACGCCACAACGCAUCGAAUUCGAUCAGAAAUUCUUUCCCGAUGGCGUCGAUAAGGUGACACCUUGUGUGGCCGAUUAUUCCAUACCAACACUGGAACAAAUUCGUGAUCAAUAUGGCACAGAGACUAUACGCCAGUUGGAGACUAUGAUUGAAAAUCAGAGUAUUGAUGAGAAAUUGGCCUGGGCCGCUACCGAUAAUAGUGCGGAUAGCUUGUCGCAUGCACAGGAAAGUGUGCCGCCCUCAGUGUGUCAUGAAUUCCAGGCAGCGCGUCUCUUUCUCUCACAUUUUGGCUUUCUUACAUUUGAGGAGCGUAAUCCGAAUAAUCCGUCUGAAUCGUUGGGCACUCCAGCACAACGUCCGCUCAUCGUACUCGAUACGAAGCGUACUCAAUUUGCACAGGAAUUGGGUGUGCUGGAUAAGCUGAGUGCGCGCACAUAUGAUACCGUGCAUGUAUUCUAUGUAAAAUCGGGCCAAACAAUGGCGCAAGAGAUUAUAGGAAAUAUGAGUGACGAGCAUAUGCGCACACUAGAUGCGCAUUUCGGCAAUAUGCUGUUGACUUUGGGCUGGCCCGUGGACUUGGAAGAACACUCCGGCUGGACUGGUUUUACUAGCACAUCGUGGUCGCUAAAAAGCGCUGUUCAACGUGAAGCCGAAAAGCAAUUCAAUAAUCGCUUUGCUUCAUCCACAGCUAGCGCUAAUGAUUUGCGUUUUAAUGGCGAAUCCAAAGUGCUUUAUUGGGCCGAUGUUAGCUCAGAAAUAGCAUUUGUCGUACCAACUGAAUGGAAUUCGCAUUGCGAAACAGAUGGCAGCUGCCUCUCGCUCUGUUCGUCGCAUUCCUCUGGCGAUAGUUUACAAUCAGCCGCAUCGGCGGGCAACGUUUGGACGCGCGUCUCGGACUCGAGCGUUGAAAAUGCAAAAACACAAAAAUCACGUAAUCUCUCUUUGGAAUUGGACACUAAGGUUGUGGGAGGCUCAAAGGAACCUGUGCCACCGACGCGUCGUAAAACUAACGCAAUGAAGCCGUCGCUGCAGGCGCAACCACCUGCGAAGAUCUUUCUUGUGUGGCUUGAAUCCUUUGAAGAUCAUUUGAAUUUUCCCAUUGAUGAUUUACUAGCGUACACGCGCACUGGCGAGGAGACGCAGUCAUUGCAAAUGCCGCGCGCUAGCGAUUGUCAUGUUAUUUUCUUACAUGCAUUGCAAUCGGGUUUGCUGCGCGUAAAAUUACAAGGGCCAACGGGGCGUAUGAGUUUUGCCACACCUUUGGUGGAUGGCAUGGUUUUGAGUCGGCGUGUUGUGGGCAAUUUAGUGCGACAAACGGCACAUAAUAUGGCUAAGCGUAGGCGCUUGGAUAAUGACAACUUCCAACCGCCACACGUGCGUAGACGUCUAAAAGUACAGGAUAUAGUACAGAAGUAUAAAAUGGAUUUGAGUGAACCGGAAUUGCUGGCACAUCUUUUUAAAAGCUCCAUUUAAGCGCAUAGUAUUUUAUACAUUUUUGAGCUCGUUCGUGCGCAACGAAUGCCUAAUUUAUUUAACACAAUAAUAACAAAAGCAAGCUACAAGGGCGAUUUUGUUUACAUAACUUUUUACCAUUAAGUAUUUAUGCCAAUGUAUUUUGGAGGAAAAUAUGUAAGCUCUAUAAUUGAAUUCUACAUUUAACAUUACAACAAACUAAUGUAAAUGCAAUAAAAUUAACAAAUGUUUGCACCACAUGCAACAAACACCAACAAUCAACUUUGUCUAAAGCUCUAGCCAGAAUAUCUGCAAGCAAAGCGCUUUAAUUAAACGACAGUAUACGAUUUCCUGCACUGCCACGCGCAUACACACCAUUUAUCACUUUGAUAAAUAUGUGCUGCUGACCACAUAAAUUCAAUAACACGUACCUGCAAGCAAUUGAGCAUGCAGAACUUUGGCGGGGUAAGCAGCGUAUGCAUAUGCAUACACAUAUAUUUGCCGCAAUCAACAUUAAGCCAAUGUCGCACAUUCAGC